AUGUUAGAGAAUCAAAUAGCUCAACAGGCUAGCUCUUCAAAUAGUAAAGCUUAUGGGGAGCUUCCUAGCCAACCUGAGAAUCCAAGGGAGCAGUGCAAUGCUGUUACUUUAAGAAGUGGAAAGGUAAUGGGGGAAGAACACAAAAUUGAAGUAAAGUUGAAAGAAAAGAAAGAUGAGUGUGAGAGUGAAUCCACUUCAACUAAAGCUAAAGCUAGUAACGAAGCAAAUGAAGAGAAAGAAGAUAAAAAGAAAAUAGAAGAGAAAUAUGUGCCUCCUGCACCAUACAAGCCACCAUUGCCCUUUCCUCAGAGGUUGGAAGAUUAUGAAACUGUUGCACUUACUGAGGAGUGCAUUGCUAUAUUGCAGAACAAGCUGCCACCUAAGCUGAAAGAUCCUGGAAGUUUUUCCAUACCAUGUCACAUUGGAGAAAUAAGUAUUGAGAGAGCAUUAUGUGACUUGGGGGCUAGUGUUAACUUGAUGCUCCUUUCCAUAUGUGAGAAGUUAAAGGUUGGAGAUCUAAAGCCCACAACUAUUUCUUUGCAGUGA